CAAUAGAACUACUCUGCAUGAUGCAUCCGUCGAUCGAGAUAGGCAGGGAUGCAGCACACCAGGCCGAGGAUCGCUCGUCAAAACAAUUAUAAUUUGGCUGCGAAAAUCAUUUAGCUUUGGUCUCUAGUGACAACUUACAAGAAAGCAAAUAGGGUCUCCACCUUUGUUCAUCAACAUAUAUACAAAACCAUAUCUCUAGUUUAUGUUUCUCACUCUCAUCAGCACUCUCUGAUCUGUUACAAAAUUUUUCUUUCAAAUUCUCUCUCUGAUAAUUAGAAAAUAGUACUGUUUGCUUCAAGAUAAUUAUUAAUUACUUUGUGUUUGGGAAGAAAAAGAAAAGAAAAAACUUGAGAGGGAUUCCAAAAGCUGGUCGAGCUCUCGACUUCACCAAGUCCGUCCUCAACCAAAAGGGUUAUUUUUUUGCAUAGAGGAUGUGGAAACUGAAGAUAGCAGAAGGAGGGAAAGGAUUGGUGAGUGUAAACAAUUUCAUCGGACGGGAACACUGGGAAUUCGAUCCUGAUGCCGGUACUCUUGAAGAACGUGCUGAAGUUGAAAGAGCCCGUGAAGAGUAUAAGAAAAACCGAUUUACGAAGAAACAAAGUUCUGAUCUUUUGAUGAGAAUGCAGCUUAGAAAGGAGAAUCCAUGCGGGGCAAUUCCACCAGCAGUGAAAGUGCAAGAAACAGAGGAGAUAACAGAGGAAGCAGUGACAAUUACACUGAGAAGAGCACUAAGCUCCCUUUCCUCCCUUCAGGCCCAUGAUGGCCACUGGCCUGCUGAAUUUGGUGGACCCUUGUUUUAUCUUCCACCCUUGGUAUUUGCUCUGUACAUUACUGGAGAUCUCAGCCAUAUUUGGUCUUCAGAACACCGGAAGGAAAUUAUUCGAUACUUUUAUAAUACUCAGAAUGAAGAUGGAGGAUGGAGUUUCCAUAUAGUAAGUAGAAGCACAAUGUUUGGCUCAGCUUUGUGCUAUAUUGCCUUGAGAAUACUUGGAGAGGGACCUGAAGAUGGUGAAGAUAUGGCCAUGGCUAGAGCCCGAAAAUGGAUCCUUGACCAUGGUGGUUUAGUGGCUAUGCCAUCAUGGGGAAAGUUUUGGGUCUCGGUACUAGGAGCAUAUGAGUGGUCAGGCUGCCAUCCAUUACCCCCAGAGUUCUGGCUUAUUCCUAAAUCCGUCCCUCUUAAUCCAGGUAUAAUGUUAUGCUACUCUCGCUUGGUUUACAUGCCAAUGUCUUAUAUAUAUGGAAAGAGGUUUGUCGGUCCGAUCACUGAGUUGGUUCUAUCAAUAAGAGAAGAGCUUUACAACGAGCCUUACUCUCUGGUUAAUUGGAAUAAAGCCAGGGAUAUAAUUGCAAAGGAGGAUCUAUACUAUCCGCAUCCUCUCAUACAAGAUCUGCUGUGGGGAUUUCUUUACCGUGUAGCAGAGCCUUUCCUGGCACGUUGGCCCUUUUCAAUGUUGAGAGAGAGAGCACUAAAAGCUGCUAUUGGUCAUGUACGUUAUGAGGACGAGACCAGCAGAUAUCUAUGCCUUGGAUGCGUAGAAAAGGUGUUAUGCAUGAUGGCUCGUUGGGUUGAAGAUCCAAAUUCGGAGGCGUACAAGCUUCAUUUAGCCAGACUUCCAGACUACUACUGGGUUGCUGAAGAUGGCUUAAAAUUUCAGAGUUUGGGCUGUCAGACAUGGAUUGCAGUCUUUGCUAUUCAAGCGAUUCUAGCUUGUAAUCUAAAUGAAGAUUACGGGCCAACUCUACGUAAAGCGCAUGAUUUUAUGAAGACUUCACAGGUCAAAGAAAACCCUUCUGGGGACUUCAGAGCUAUGUUUCGGCACAUAUCUAAAGGAUCAUGGACAUUCUCAAUGGAGGACUACGGCUGGCAAGUCUCUGAUGUCACAGGAGAGGGGUUGAAGGUUACACUCUUGCUCUCACAAAUAUCAGCGGACCUAGUUGGGGAAAAACUUGAGACUGAGAGGUUUUAUGAUGCUGUCAAUAUCAUUCUUUCUCUACAGAGUAGCAAUGGUGGUUUCCCAGCAUGGGAGCCUCGGAGAGCAUCCCCAUGGAUGCAGAAGUUCAACCCCACGGAGGUCUUUGAGGAUCCUCUGUUUGAGAGAGAGUACAUAGAGUGCACUUCGUCAGCAGUACAAGGCCUUGCACUCUUUAGGAAAUUCUACCCUGAACACCGAAGGAAGGAGAUAGACAGUGGCAUUUCCAAGGCAAUUCAAUUCAUUGAGAACAUACAACAACUUGAUGGAUCAUGGUAUGGUGAUUGGGGUAUUUGCUACACCUAUGGUACAUGGUUUGGUGUAGGGGCAUUGGCAGCCUGUGGAAGAAACUACCAAAAUUGUCCUGCUUUGCGCAAAGCUUGCGAGUUUUUGCUAUCAAAGCAGCUACCCAAUGGUGGAUGGGGAGAGAGUUACCUUUCAAGCCACAACAAGGUGUGGACAAAUCUAGAAGGUAACCGAGCAAAUGUAGUCCAAACUGCAUGGGCUGUGUUAUCCCUCAUUGAGGCAGGACAGGCUAAGAUAGAUCCAACACCAAUUCAUCGCGGAGUAAGGGUAUUGAUCAAUUCACAAAUGAAAGAUGGUGACUUCCCUCAAGAGGAAAUCACAGGGAUGUUUUUUAGGUACUGUGGACUAAACUACGCAGCAUAUAGAGACAUUUUUCCCUUGUGGGCUCUUGGUGAAUAUCGAAAUCGAGUUCUGCUUCCUUAAUACGUACCUCAGUCUGCACUUGCAGAGGCUUGCAUAUUGAAGUUCGCCAACCCAAAUAUAUAUUUACAGCUUGAAAGAACAUGCUAUUGCUACCUCUCUUCAAUACACAUAUAUAUAAAAUCAAACACCAGCAAGAAACAUAGAUAAUACUUGCCAAAAAUAAUAUUUAAUGCUUGAAAGAUGUAAAAUGUUUUGUUUCAGCAAGACGUAAAAUCAUGUCAUGAUGCCGUUUCUUGUGUAAGCAACUCUUAUAAACUUCCUCUACUCAAUAACGUAAAAGUAAUCGAGUUAAAUGGAAUAAAGAUAAAUAAUACUAUUUUAUUUUCUAAUUUUGUGAA